AACGUCGCACUCAAGUGCCUUGGGUCCCUCCUUACAACGGAUAUAACCCCCUCUGGACUCGUCUUCUCCCUCUUUCGCUGCCGAAUCUUGACCCGACCCGAAUUUCGACUACAAUUGUCCCAAAUCCUCGUUUCUUUCUCCGAAAUGGCCCCUUCUGCCUGGACCCACGAACCCUCUAUCAUCAAAGAAGGUGAACUUCGAGAAAUGGCCGGACUUCUAGGCAAAGGUUUCCGGGUCCAUCAUCCCGACCCUGUCGAAGGAAUUAGUUUAUCCCACAACCCAAACCCUCAGAAGUAUAUGGUCAUGCACUAUCACUCUAUGGAGAAUGGGUUCAGAUUACCCCUCCAUGGUCUGCUCCGCGACAUUUGCCGCCAUUUCGGAUUUGCUCCUGGCCAGUUGACCGCCAAUGCGCACAACUUGUUUCCUCAUCCCCAAGCUCCAAUUUUUGAGAGGGUUGAGUUUAAACACGACAAAUGGUCCCACUACUACUUCGUCAUUGAGUUCCCGGUUCAUAGUCCCCUAGAUUUGCCGGGUGUUGUUCGCCGUAGUUCUAUUUCUCGGAUAAAGUUCGCUGCAGUACUCCUGGCGGAGGCUGCAUACAACGCCUUGGGAGAGGAAGUGAGUUUGAUUCCACAUCACUCCCUUCAAGACGCCAGGUUAUACAAGAAGGCAGAUUUUUACUACCCUCUAGGUCCUAACCCCAUUCCGUUUGAAUGGGUGUCUUCCCCUGAAAGGCCAGAGGCUCCUCUCCCGUUGUGGAACCUAAUCCAGCCGGGAGUUCCUCCGGGAGACAGGCUCAAGUCAGCGCUCAGGAGACCUGCAGUACAGCCUCAGCCUGAGGUGAACAAUACCUCCCCACCAGCCGCAACCAUUUCCGAAGGGGUGGAGAAAGAAGCUGAUAGGCAGAAAGAACCAGAGGCUUCCCCUGCGACAGAGAAGGAGGUUGGAGUGCAGGAAGGACUGGAAGCUUCCUCUUCGAAGGAGAAAGAAAUUGGAGGGCAGAAGGAUAUGGAAGCUCCCCCAGAGACGGAGAGAGAGACUGAGAGACAGCAAGAACCGGAAAAGCAGCAUUGUAACGCCCUACAAACCGGCCUAACAGUUAGCCAAUAUUUUAAAUAAAUAAAUAUUAUUUAUUUAUUGAGACUAAUUAUUUUUAAUAAUAAAUAUUGAGAUUUCGAUCUCUUUAAAAGGUUUUUCCAAAGCUAAUGUAUUUUAAUUGUAAAAGAUGUUUUAAUAACAGACCUCUCCAUAU